AGAAGAAAAAAGUAUCUGUAGGAUUAAUAUAAAGACUAAUAUUCUUCCUGUUUACCUUUUUAAAUGGACAAAUCCGUAAUGAUGUACAAUCUACAUUAAUGCCAUCAAGUGUUUUAAUCGGAGGUUAAUCACGGGUUUAGUUAGAAGUUGUUUCACUGCCUGUUUAGUUUUCAUCUAGUUAUUAAGCUGCCUUUCUGUUAUUGGUUUGAGGUUGGAGUUCAUGUGGUACGAUGAUUGAUUUAUUUUGUGUGAAGAGCACACAAGAUAUCUAAGCAGUAUUCAAGUUUAGACCAGUUUUCUGUGAAAUGGAUCACAAUUGAAUAGAAAGAUUUAUCACAUUGUUCUGAAGCAAAAUACCAUUCGUGACUUCAGGUUCAUAGAUAUAUCUCUAGAUGUAAUGUUUAUAUAACAUUUUGGCUGUAGAACAUGUGGAUCCUCUGCUUUGGAUGAUGUAUUGCAUUAAGAACUGGGGUAAUUAAAUAUGACAUGUCUGAUCAUGCAAGUUUUGGCAUUUAUUUUACUCCCCCCCCUUAGGAUGUGGAGGUACAAGCAGCCUGACUUUGCCCUGCAUCUCCUUUGUGAACUGCAGAAACAGCAGCAAUGCAGCCUGCACUGUGAUACACUUCUGCAGACAGAGGGUGUCUCUAUUCCUGCCCAUAGCUGUGUGUUGUCUGCCCUCAGCCCAGUUUUUUAUAGAGCCUUUGCCAAUGCUCCUUCACUUCCAGUGGGCCAGAGUAGACUAGUACAGCUGGAAGCAGUAGGGGCUCAUGCCCUGAUGAAGCUGGUUGGGUUCAUAUACUCAGGUGAGAUGGGGGGAGAGAGCUUGGAUGAACAGCAGGAAGUGAUUGACAUUGCUUACAGGCUGGGAUUCAGUAACUUUAUGGAAGGGAAGCAAAAACAGGUGAACUGGCAUCAGAAUAAAAGUGCAAGUUGGAGGGAGAUUGGACUGCAGACAGAAGAGACAGGAGGGAGAAGGAAAGAUGCAAGCGUACAGAUCCUGUCCAGGAAAAAGAACUUUUCUCAUUCAGGCACUCAGAUAGACAGCACUGAAGCUCACUUUGCAGACACAUCAGAGCCAGAGAUGUCUAUAGACCUGCCUGAUGAAUUAACUGAUGUACCUAGUGAAUAUAACAGCAUUUCUCCAGAUGCUGGUCUUCCCUGGAUAGAUGAGCUUGUUGCUCACUCUGCGUCGAACAGCAGGUUGGUUAGAGUGCACGCCAAACGUCAGCAAACUCAAAAGCAGAAGAAAAGAGCAAAAAUUUCAAAGACGGGAGACACACAGAUCUCACUGAAGAUUAAACUCAAGAGGCAGAGGAGUGGGGCAUUGUGGGAGAUUGCUAGUGUCCAAGAGGAAAGUGCAGUUGAUGGAUCAAAAACUUGUGGAUCUUCUGAUGACCCACCAAUGACGCACAGUCUUGCUGAGGUAACAGCUCUUUUUCCAGAGUGGGUCAGAUUCAGUAAAUAA